GUCAUCACUGAAAGUUUUCUGGGCAGCGCUGACCUAGUGCAAUCCGGAUCACCCCUGAGGAGGGCACUGUGAAAAUGACCAUUUUACUGAUGAAGAAAUUGAGAGGAUAAGUGACUUGAACAAGAUCACAUAGCUAGAAAGCAGUGGAGCUGGGACUGAACUCAGGGCAUCCAGCUCCAGAGCCUGCAUUUCUCCAAAUCAGAUCAAGCACUUUUAAAAACCUGCAUCUUAAAGUGAUCAAGAUGUUUAAAAGGCUGAACAGAGGAAAGUAAAAAGAGAAAGGUACACAAUCGACAGAUCAAAAAAAAAAAAAAAGCUGCUGUCAGUCUACAGCCUCCUGAAACUUCUUACUAGUCAAGGAUUUAGAAAGAAAAACCAAGCGAGCAAAAUUAAAGAGGAAACAGAGAGCCUGAAAAUAGAGAUACGAUAUCUUCAACCUCCAUAGAACCUCUAAGAUGUAAAUGUUUUUAUACCAGUUUCAUGGACGAGGAAACAAAGCUUGGAGAGGCGAAGUAAUGCAGCCACUACAUGCACGCCAAUGACGUAAAAGAGCUAGGAUUAACCCAGGUCUGUCUGCAUGCGAAGCCCAUGUACUUUUUUCUACUGUUCUAUUCAACCCUGUGAAAUUAUGCACUGAUAACUAUUGUUGUUAGCUGAUGUCAAGUCUGUCCCCAACUCAUGGAGACCCCAUGCAUAACAGGACAAAUCACUGCCCGUGUUUUCAUAGCCUGAUUUUUGGAAGUAGAUCACCAGGCCUCUCUUCCUAGUCCAUCUUGAUCUGGAAGAUGCGUUGAAAUCUGUUGGGCAUCAUAGCAAUACGAGGAAGAUAAUUGGUGUUCCUACAUUUGAGUAUACACUCACUCUGCCUUUGUUAAAGAAAAGAAGGUAAAUGUUAAGUCACGCAUUAUGUGAGCAGAGGCAGGCAUUUUUAUUUUCCUAUAAAUUCGUAUUGUAGAAAAAUCAAUAAUUACAAGUCAGUUAUUAGAAAUAGUUUUGCUAAUUAACUUUUUUCUCCUAAAGCGCGUUCUUGAUUGGAAGAGAAUAGUCCUUGUUUUGGUGUUCUCUGUGCUCACUGUUUUCAGCAGUGCGUAUUUUGAUUUCCGGGGAUCAAGAGGACUGUUCACGUUCGUCAUGGCCUCCCUUGCAGGCAUAGGAUGGACAAGGAACAAGGCAGAGGUUGAAAAAAUAAUUGGAUUUUCCUGGUUCGUGUUUAAGCCCCUUCUUUUUGUACUGUUCGGAGCAGAGGUAUCUGUUGCAUCUCUCAGACGAGAAACUGUUGGCCUUUGUGUUGCCACCCUGGGUGUUGCAGUAUUGAUACGAAUUUUGACUACGUUUCUGAUGGUGUGUUCUGCUGGUUUUAACAUAAAGGAAAAGAUAUUUAUUUCUUCUGCAUGGCUUCCUAAGGCCACAGUGCAGGUAAUGAUAGAUAGGAUGGCUUAGUGUUUUAACUUCUAUUUCUAUAUGAUACCUUGAAAUAUUGAAUGAGAGAGCUUAUUUAGGUUUGUUGAAAAUAAUUGAUUGAAGUUUGAUUUAUGAAAAUAGUUUAUAUUAAUCUACUCUUCAAAAGUUUUAUCUUUAGUAUAUUGAUUCCUUACUUAUUUUUUUUUUUUACAUCACUAGGGUACAACUAAAAAUAUAAUAAAUCCCUACUCUACUAGAAAACAGUAGUAGCAGAAGAGAAGGGUUUGAAUUUUUACCAGUCAUAGCUCUCUAUAUAAUCCAGAGAGAUAGUUCUUACCUCUUUUCAUUUCAGUAUCCCAAGAAGAGAGUGAAACAGAAAUAGCAUGGCCCAUUUUAGUGGUUGAAGAUACUUCAAUGUCAAUAUAAUUAAUGUUCAAUGAUGCUUGGCUAGAUUUUAUGUAUAAUGGAGAAAAGAAGAUUUAUUGAAAACACUCAGAAAAUGCUUUAUUGAUUUUCUAGAUUAUUAGUU